CCUCAGCUUCCCGGUUCCCAUUUUUUGAAGUUUGUGAACGCUUGAAAUUGAUUGACAGACAAUUCUGCUUAACCAACAAAAGGGGUUUAUGGCUCUCACGAAAAGAUAUAGGCACACGUUUUAGUGACGUUGUCAGGUAACGUUAACGACGACAAAAUGGCUCGGAGAGACCGGCCUGACUGUGUCCGCUAAUGCAGUACGAUGUAUGCUGUACUUCUACUGUGUGUGCGAGAGUCCAGAGAGAGCACCCUCAUGCCAUAUCAUCCCACACCUCUACCACAAGGUCAGAGAGGUGUGACUUCUGCCGGAGGGGCGGGAUUAAUCGGUGUGUUGUGUUUUAGCGAGCUGUUUUUUAUGAGGGAACCACACGAUGUGACUGUAAUCCGGAGGGACGCUGUGGUUUUGGACUGUCAGGCCCACGGCGAGGCUCCGAUCGCCAUCCGAUGGCUAAAAAAUGGAGGAAAGCUUAUAGAGACGGAGCACAUUUACCAGCUCGCCAACGGAUCGCUGCUCAUCUCAGAACCGGGGAGUCGUAAAGACAAAUCAGAUGAAGGGUUCUACCAGUGCCUUGCCCAGAACAAAUAUGGAUCUAUUUUGAGUCAGAGAGCACGCUUGACUAUCGCAAGUUUAUCAGCCUUCUCUCAGCAUCCAUCAUCCAUCACGGUUACAGAGGGAUGGGUCGCACGAUUUGCCUGUAAAAUCACUGCCACGCCCCCACCAAUCAUCACAUGGGAGUUUAACCGAGUCACUUUACCGCUGGCCACUGAGAGAAUCGCAGUGCUGCCCGGUGGCAUUAUGCAAAUUCAAGGAGUUGAACAGGAGGAUGCUGGAAGUUACCGUUGCGUGGCAUCUAACAUCGCCAGUCGCCGCAAAAGCUCAGAGGCCGUGCUGACCGUGACUGCAGCUCCAUCGUCCAGAGUUCCCCAAAGGCCGCAUAUCGUCGCCGGUCCUCAGAAUCUCACCGCAGCGACCCGCAGUAGCGCUCUGCUGGAGUGCAUGGCCACGGGAAGCCCUCGCCCGCUCAUCUCCUGGAGCCGGGCCGACCACAAGUCCAUCGACGUUUACAACACAAAAGUUCUGGGCAACGGAAACCUGCUCAUAUCCGACAUCAAACCUCAGCACGCCGGAGUCUACUUCUGCCGCGCGACCACACCGGGAACCAGGAACUUCACGCUCGCCGCUGCUAACAUAACCGUGCUAGCACCUCCGUCUUUUGUGGAGUGGCCGGAGAGCGUGACCCGACCCAGAGCCGGUACCGCCCGCUUCGUGUGUGUGGCACAGGGCUUUCCCGACCCCCAGAUCACCUGGCUGAAGAACGGCCAAACGCUUCACUCGAACGGACGCAUCAAAAUGUACAACAGUAAACUGGUGAUAAACCAGAUCAUUCCAGAAGACGAUGGCAUAUACCAGUGCCAGGCAGAGAACCAGCUGGGCUCGGUUCUGGCCAUGGCUCGACUGAUCGUGGUGAUGUCAGAUAACCGUCCCAGCGCUCCCAGAAACGUUCAUGCGGACACCAUGUCCAGUUCAGCCAUCCUGCUGGCGUGGGAGAGACCCAUGUACAACUCAGACAAAGUCAUCGCCUACUCGGUGCACUACAUGAAGACGGAAGGUCUAAAUAACGAAGAGUAUCAGAUAGUUAUCGGUAAUGAUACCACCCGUUACAUCAUUGAUGACCUGGAGGCCGGGCGGAACUACACCUUUUACAUCGUAGCGUACAUGCCUGUGGGUGCCAGCCGCAUGUCUGACCAUGUCAUACAACACACGCUAGAGGACGUUCCUUUGCGUGCUCCAGAGUUGAGUCUCAGCAGUCGGAGCCCGACUGACAUUCAGGUGUCCUGGCAGCCGCUCUCUCACAAGCUGAGUCGUGGUUGUGUGUCGAUGUACCGUCUCUCGUACAGAACCAGCGCUGAUGGAGCGAUCGCUCAACACGAGGUGCCGGGACACAGAACCCAUCACCUCUUGAAAGGCCUUCAGCCUGACACCAACUAUUUUCUCCGCAUCGCAGCGGCUACCAGCGUGGGCUGGGGCGAGCCGUCCGCCUGGACGACGCACAGAACACCCAAAGACUCCAGCACUAAAGUGCCCUUGGCACCAGAGCUCCAGUUGGAAACGCUGAACUGCACCACUAUCACGGUACGCUGGAAUCUCCCAGCGGGCAGCGCCGCUGAUCUGCAGGGCUACAAACUUUCAUAUCAUGAGGAGAGUCAGCCAGAGGGACCCCCGACCCAAAUCCCCCCACACCAGCGCCAGCACACCAUCGGAGGACUUGACCCCAGAAAGAAGUAUCAUAUUAAAGUGUUGGCAUACAGUGUGCUGGGUGAAGGAUAUCAGGCCGAUCAGACCAUCAGCACACCUGGAUGUGUUUCCGUCCGUGAUCGUUUGAUCCCGCCCCCUCCGCCGCCUCAUCACGUGUACGCCCGCAGUAACAGCUCCAGCUCUGUGUACCUGCACUGGGGUCGACCCGCUUUCACCGCAGGACAAACCGUCAACUACACGGUCCGCUGUAAUCCUGUCGGACUGCAGAACGCCUCGCUGGUGCUCUACCUGCAGACUGACGCUCAGAGUUUGCUGGUCGGUGAUUUGGAUCCAAACACAAAUUACGAGUUUGCCGUCCGUCUUCACGUGGAUCAGCUGUCCAGUCCCUGGAGUCCUGUGGUUUACCAGCAAACACUGCCUGAAGCUCCCUCUCGCGCUCCUGUGGGGGUCAAAGUCAGUCUGAUCGAGGGAGAUUCAGCACUGGUGUCAUGGAAACCACCCGACGAGUCCAACACCACUGUGACAUGCUACACCAUCCUGUACGCAUCACGCAGAGCCUGGGCGGCUGGAGAGUGGCAGAUCCUUCAGAGAGAAGGGAGCAUCACUAUGGCUCUGCUGGAGAAACUUCAGUCUGGUCAGGUGUACCUGGUGAAGGUCUCAGCGUCCAAUCAGAUGGGAGAUGGGCCGUUCUCACCUGCGGUAGAGCUGACUGUACACUCUGCUCAUGCUACAGCGUUUUCGGGCGGCUUUUAUGAUCUGGAUCAGCGCUCAAUGACCGGUAUAGCGGUGGGCGUGUGUAUCGCUUUAACCUGCAUCCUCAUCUGUGUGCUCAUACUGGCCUGCAGAAGCAAAACCAGGAAAUCCUGCACUGCCAAAUCCAUCAGACAAGGAGGACUGACUCCACCCACUGCUGUCCAUCUGGCCAAUGGGAGUCAAGCUGAAAGUGCAGAGGAGAUGAUGCCUAUGAUGAGGGACCAUUUCGUUGACGCGAAGGGAGGAACAAAUCUGAUCAUUAACAGUGAUGGUCCGGUGAAGCCCACCAAUGAGAAGAAGAGAAGCAGAUGGAGCUUCUUCAAGAAGGAUGAGAAGGAUGUGAAGAAAGUCUCCAGUCCCUCUUACUCGUAUUACCCGGGCACCACUCUUCUGAGUUACACCGAAACAUCGCCCGGAUCCCCUCGCCAUCAGCCGUCCUCUCUGCAGGGUCUGUUCGGGUCAUCAGAGGGCAACAGCGAGGGCUCUCAUUCCAGUGAGACGGGAGACUCUGGGCGUUAUACUCAUGAUGAUACGGAGGGAUCCAGCAGCCGUCCGGCCUCCCUGCGGGACGAGGAGAGCGAAGAGUCAGACCGUUACGUGAUAGAGACAGAGCAUCACCUCUGUGUCAAAAAUGCAGAGGAAACGACACCUUCCCAACCCGUUUAACCCAAACCCAGAGCUCUCUAACGCCCCCUGCUGCUUACACAGACUCAUUACGGGCUGUUGUGUCUGUGUUUCUUGGUGAAUGUGUUAUUUGUUUCUCGCUUUUGUUCAUUCGUUUUAAAUGAUUGUGUGUUUGAAAGAAGCUAAAAUCUCACCCACCAUGAAUGUUUUAAAACGUCAGAAUAUGUUUCUGACGUUGGCUCCCAGUGAGGAUGGAAAGCUCACAUUCUAAUCUACCUCAGUUUACCCAUGAUGAGAUUUUCCUGCUCGGUAUUUAAUAUCUGCUUACACGUUCUUCCGUGCAGCAAUAAUUCUGCUAUUUCUCGAAUUUGUGUGUUUGUCCGUGUCUGUUUGAUUGUGUCAUCCUGAAGUAUGGGGUUGCAAGGAUGCAUCGUUGUAUUUUCACUCAGGAUCAUAGUUUUAUCUUCCUCAGGUAUAUGAACGUUAACAUUUCCGAUGAAUGUUUUAUUUGAAGACGUUUGUAGACGAUUGAGCGUUUUGUGUUGACGUCUCCACUCCGAAACUCAAGAGGUGUCUCAGGUUCCUUGUUUGUGUGUUUUCGCUCUUAUAGUUUUGUACUACCUCAUUUGAAUGUUUUUUUUUUUUUUUUUGUAGUUUUGUUCAUUUUCUUUAUCUCAGGGAUCAAGAGCCGUGUGUGUGUGUUUUAUACCGUGAUUGACAGGGUAUCCUUGUGCUGCGCUGAAUGUGUGUUUAACCUCUGUCAUGGAGAUGGAUUUCUUGGUUUAUUUCUUUCUCUUUUCUAUUUUUGAGUGUGAAGUUACAGAAAGCUGCUGACGUUGAUGUGUUCUGCAGAUGCCGAUAGCUUUAAUAACUGGCCUUAAUGUAUGAAGAGCUGAGCAGAGAUACGAGUGGAAGAGAUUUUUACGAUUGCAGUCUGAUAUUAUGGAGUGAAUGUUCUAAAAACCAAAGAUAAUAAUCUAAUCUUAAGUAUACAAUGAUCAUAAAUCCACUAAAGAUCUAUUUUUCUUGAAAUAUUACUACUACUGAAUAUGUGUUUUAGUUACUUUCGUGCUGUGGUAUAGUCAAAGCUAUUUUAGAUUUAGAAACAGAAGUCUAGCACUUGUUUGUUUUGUAUUUCGCUAGGUCACGCAACUGAAAUGUGCAACGGUGACGCGCCAAUCAUCCCUAAAUCUGUUUGCGUCUUUCUUUUGUCUGAGCUGCUGGCGUUGGCUGGAGUUCAGGGUAACCGCGCUGCUUUUAUGACCCGAGAGACGCUUUGCCAAUUUUAUGACCUUGAGAAGUGAAAAUGUGGUCAAUCAAUAUUAAGACAAUUGAUGGUUCGAUGCUUUCAGGGUGAAUCUCACAAAACAAGAACUUGACUUUAAAGCCAAUUUUAGUGAGUGAAUUGCUAUUUUUAUUUCGUGGUGAAAUAUGGCUGAUUUUGACAAAUUAUGUGAGAUUCACCCCUUAAACCAAAUAUCGGCUCCCCCCAUUAGAAUUUCAAGCUCCACGUGGAUGUGUUUGUGUUGUACAUGGAGAUUAUAUGCAGAAGAGAGAUGUUAUUAUAUUAUCAAUCAUCAUUCAUGUGUGGCUGAAAUUCUUCUCAAUCAGGGGAAAUUGAUCGGUCUUGAAAGGCCAGUACAUGUCAAUCAACGAGACACAAUCAUGUUCUAAAGUUUUCAUUUCAAACGCAAACAGCCUGAAACCAAAGAUUGUUGUCACCGUUGCACAGAAGAUCAUUGUAGAUUCCUUUCUAUUCGCAUGAUGUUUGUCGUUUUUCUGAAGAUUUUCUACUUGUGGAAAGAGCAUCAGCUAACCAAAAACCGUGUCAGGUGGUCAGAAUUUUAAUUGUUUAUGACAUUCAAGCAAACCAAAGAUGAUGGAUUACAAAUGUUUUUGUUUCCUUUUAACCCUUUCUCACUGGAGGAGAAAUAUUGUGUUGUUUUUUCGUGAGCUGGAAGUGGUUUUGAGGCUAACGUAUAUGCCCUAAAUAUUGACUAAAUGUUUGGUUUGCUUUCCUUGUUGGAAAACUCAAAGCUUUUAAAACCGUCCUGAGUUUGUUUGCCCAUUAAGACCAGUAAACCUGCUUAGGCCGGUUUAAGAUGUGUUGUUUAGUAUAAUUUGAUGCUGGAAAUGUUUUUAUAUGUAUUUGAAAAUAUCUUAUUGUGUUAUAAUAACAGUAUUAAUCUGUUAAGUCUGCGUUGUGAAUUUUCUUUGUGCAAGUGUAAUUCUACACAUCAGUUCAGAGUUUUACUCAGGAAAACAUAUUAGUCCAGUUUCACGUCUCUGCAUUCUGUACUGAAAUGUGUAAUGCGCUUGCUUAAACUUCAUUUCUGUUAUGUUGUUCUUCUGUUCAUGUGUUCUGUUGUGAACUGAAGUGAGAUGUGAGAGCGCUUCAGAAACUCUGUGUGUUCAGUGCACUGCAGUAACCGCAUCUAUAAGCCUUAAAAACGGAAUGUAUUUCUCAGUAAACCUCUUUUCAUUCUUUGAUUUUCUUGUUACAAACAAACAUGUACCGUGUGUUUAUUGGGAGAUAUUUGAUUCCUGUUGAACAAUACAGGGUAAUGUUUACAUCAUGCAUUUGGUUAAACCCCACCACAGAAUGUUCGUUAUAAAGAAUGAUUUCCAAUUUAAA